AUGGCGAUCGCUGAUGAGCUGCGCCAACUGCCGGGCAACGAUGCGUGUGCACACUGCGGUGACAGUGAUCCAACAUGGGCCAGCGUCUCUCUCGGCCUAUUGCUGUGCCUCAAGUGCUCUGGCGUGCACCGCGGUCUCGGCGUCAACAUCAGUUUUGUUCGAUCAGUCACACUCGAUCAGUGGUCUUCACAACAAAUUGCCAUGAUGAAAGCUGGUGGCAAUGCAUCCUUUCUUGAAACCUGUCCUGACCGAGACUACUUCAGCGAAGAAGCCGAGAUGUAUCGCAGGACCUUGAAAGCGAGCGUGAGUGGCGAGCAAGCGGAAGAGCUGACAGAACGCGACAAGAAGCAACUUGCACAGAUGAAGCAAAACUACAGCAAAUCACAACAACAUUUUAUCACUCACCAGGAUGCGCCCUCGUGGAUUCCAGACUCAACCUCGCCCGCUUGCCAGCAGUGUCAUCAGAAGUUCACCAUUGUUCGACGAAGACACCACUGUCGCCACUGCGGGCGCCUCGUGUGCUCCACGUGUGCACCGCAGAACAACACCAAGCCCAUCCCCAAGUUUGGCAUCACAAAACCUUGGCUCUGGUUUGUUCCUGUCAUUUCCUGCGUGUCACGCUUCAACACCAACAUCAACACCAUUGACAGCCACAACUCGCCAUGGCUGCCCUCCUUUGCUUUGCUGUACUCGUCACUCGCCACUUGGCACGUUAUCCCCAUCCUGUCGCACACGUUUGAUGAGUAUCCAUUUGAUCUUGGGGAGAUGCUCGCGUUUACGAUUCUCGGUGCCCUCUGCGGUGUCUUCGCGUCGUUUUUCGUCUUCCUCCACCGAAAAGUCAUCGAAACUUAUGCAAUAUACUCACAACCGGGCCGUGCAUUGGCCGUUAUUGCCCGCUAUCGCUACCUCUACCCGCUCAUCAUCUCCUUCUUCAUCGCCACCCUCACCUUUCCGGGUCUGAUUGGACGGCACCUGUCGCUGGUGCAGGCGACGGAGAUCAACCACCUCUUCACCACGGAGCGCCUGCAGUGCAUCGAGGAGUGGCGGGGCGGGAGUUUGAUUCUCAACCUCGUCAUCUUCGUCAUUGUCAAGUUUAUCGUCACCAUCCUCGCCAUCACAAUGCCCAUCCCAGCGGGCGUGUUUGUGCCCGUGUUUGUGAUUGGCGCCGGGUUUGGGCGGCUCAUUGGUGAGAGCAUGGCCAUCUGGUUCCCGACGGGUCUCACGUCGGGCGGCGAUGACGAUUUCCAGCCCGCCGGGUUCUGCGAUUGGGGCGGGGGGAACCACAUUGUUCCUGGUGGUUACGCCGUGGUUGGCGCGGCUGCACUCGCUGGUGGUGUCACGCACACCAUCUCAACCUCCGUCAUCGUCUUCGAGCUCACAGGCCAAAUCCACCACAUCCUGCCUGUGAUGGUGGCUGUGCUGAUUGCCAAUGCCAUCUGCCAAACGCUGUCACCGUCCAUCUACGACAGCAUCAUCCAGAUCAGAGGCCUCCCCUAUCUCCCUGACAUCCGCCGCGACGCCGUCUUCCAGCGCACGGUGGACAAGUUCAUGAUGAAGCGUCCGCCGUUUGUGUCCCUGCACUGCACGUACGGCCGCAUCUACCGCACCCUCCGCCGCUCCGCCCUCACAUACCUUCCGCUCGUCGACUCUCCAA